GCAUUUUCUCUCUUGUUAGGUUUUCGAGUUUGUUUAUUUACCUUUAAUCAAUGCAAUUUUUUUGCCGCAAGUGAUUGAAUUAAAUAACAAUUUAGGUACAGAGAUAUUUAUGCAAAUUCUCUUUUCUCGGGGUUUCGUGUUUGUUUAUUUAUUUUUACUGACGAAUUCUUUUGCCGAAAGCGGUAGAUUUUAACCAUAUUUGCGUUUGCUUAAACGUAUAAUAUAUUUUGUGAAUUAAAGAGCUAAGAAUAUGAGUGGGCUAUUAGGCAUUGCAGAAAUUUUCGAUUCAUUUGAUAAUGUUUACCUGCUAAGCACUGUGACGAUGCUAGCUGCCGUUAUACUAGCAUUCUACUUUUCCCAUUUGGUGAAGGAUAUUGGGUUGUAUGGCUCUCGCUUGGAUCGUGAAGUUGAAGAGCAGCCUAAUCUACUGACAGCUGAGGGCAAUUUAUAUGACUGCAGUGACGAAGGCGAAGUCGACACGGAUAAUCCGUUAGGUGAUGGUCUAGUUAGUAAAAUGAAAUCAGCGCGGCUCAAAGAGUUGGAAGCUCAAUUGACGCGCGACCAAUUGGAGGAGGAAAGAAAAAUCGAACGAGAACAGCUUGCGGCGAUUUUUGAACUGUUAAAGAAGCAGGAGGCCGACUUAAACACGAAGGAAAUCGACGAGCGAGAAUUAGUUGCUCAACUAAAUUUGUAUCGCUAAGGAAAAUCCAAAAUGCCAGUUUUUUAGACAACACCUUGUCUAUUAAGUUUGUGCAGCAAUAAAUAAACACAAGCUGUGUUUAUCUAGUCUAAUGUUCGUUAAAUAACGUAGUAUUUAGUGAAAUUGUCUGGUAUUAGCAAAUUUUAAUUAAAAUAACAUUCAGUUACUUAAUAUA